AUGUGGAGACCAGCAACUCGCGAAGUUACGGGCACGAAUGACACGCCGUUGGGCAAUCGUCGGAGGUUCGGUCUAGCACCUGUUGAAGAAACUGCUCCCCCCCAGCUAGCGCAGCCUUCGCCGUCGGCCUAUCCUCGUCCUCAACCCCAAAAUGAUAGAGAGAGCUCGCGGUCAGAUCGAGACACUCCUCCUGCAAAUGGUGCUGCUACUGACCCUAAUGCUCCCCGCAAGCGACGCAGUCGUUGGGGAGAUGCGAAGACCGAGAUUCCUGGUCUGCCCACGGCUAUCAACGCCAAUGGUGUCUCGCAGGCUCAUCUGGAUAACUACGCCAUUCACCUCCGACUGGAGGAGAUAAACCGGAAGUUACGUCUCAACGACUUCAUUCCGCCUGAGCGCGAGCGCUCUCCUUCACCUCCCCCCACGUAUGAUGCUCAUGGUCGUCGUACUAACACUCGCGAGGUCCGCUAUCGCAAGAAGCUCGAAGAGGAGCGUAUCAAACUCGUGGACCGCGCCAUGAAAAAUGACCCGAACUUCCGCCCUCCGGUCGAAUACCAUCAGAUGAAGAGGUCCCAGCGUCCCUCUGAGAAGGUCUACAUCCCCGUCAAGGAGUUCCCAGAGAUCAACUUCUUUGGACUCCUCGUCGGUCCCCGUGGUAACAGCUUGAAGAAAAUGGAGCGAGACAGUGGAGCGAAAAUUAGCAUUCGUGGCAAGGGCAGUGUCAAGGAGGGGAAGGCCAGACCAGAACAGUACGCCGAAGAUGCCGAGGAAGAUCUUCACUGUCUUGUUACUGCUGACUCUGAGGAGAAAGUCGCCACUUGCGUUAGAUUGAUCAACAAGGUCAUCGAGACUGCCGCUUCCACUCCCGAAGGCCAGAACGAUCAUAAGCGGAACCAGCUGCGGGAGCUCGCGGCGCUUAACGGUACUCUCCGAGAUGACGAGAACCAGAUAUGCCAAAACUGCGGUGGUGUUGGUCACCGCAAAUACGACUGUCCAGAGCAGCGUAACUUUACAGCGAACAUCAUUUGCCGUGUCUGCGGUAGCGCCGGACACAUGGCCCGCGACUGCACAGUCAAUAGAGACCCGAACGCGGCGCACCUCGGCGGCGGCGGCGGCGGUAGCGGCCCCCCUCCCGGCAUGAUAAAGGGCGGUUUCGACUCCGAGUAUGCGAGUCUAAUGGCCGAGCUAGGAGAGACAGGGAAAGGGUCCGGAGGAGAUGGUGGACGGAUGCCGUGGUCGGGAGGAGCUGGGCACGACAUCACUGCAGGCGGUUCGAGCAUCCCCCCGUGGCGCCGCCCCGAGGUCUGGCAGAGCAGCGCACCAGCAAACCCCCAAGGUGGUUUCGGCAGGCCUCCGCAAGGUCAAUUCGGUGGCUAUGGAGGCGCGCCGGGUGGUGGGUAUGGCGGGGGAGCCCCUGCUUACGGCCAACCGGGUUAUGGGCCCCCGGGUGGCUCUAGCUACUACCCUCAGCAGCCAUCUCAGGACUACAGCGCUGGCUAUGCCCAGUACUACCAGAACCAGUAUUCUCAGAUGCAAACCAGCAAUCCCUAG